AUGACCCGAUAUAGGUUCUCAAGUCAUUUUGGGGAAUAUGGCAAUAAUAUUUUUGUAAGACAUUUUAUGUUUUUGUGCAAAAUCUAGUAUGACCCUCAGAUAUAGAUUGUCACCUCUCCAGUAGAAAUCCAGGUCAAAAUAUUUUAUAACUACUUAUUUGGGUAAGUGUAUCUUAAAAAAUUUUUUAGUUAAUAUACAUCUCACUACAUCAUCAAAGAGGGAAUUUAAAAAUGUAGUAGAGAAAUUUAGCUCUGUUUCUUCUAUAAUCGGAAUAGAUCUCAACUCUACUAUUAAGAGCUCAUUAUAUCAAUUGCAUAUAUCCUAUUCGCAAUUAUAUACAUUUAAAUGAAGAAUGGUAAGUUUCAAAUUGUGAUUACGAACUAUUUCCAAAAGGAAUAUGGAAAUAUUAUUGUAGUUAUAAAUGUCUAAUAUCUUUUGAUUUGUAUUAUUAGAGUACUUAGAUUGAUAAUAAUAACUUAACAUUUACUCACUACAUCACCCUAUGAAUAUUAAUUAGACUCAGGGUUUUGUGAUAAUAAAAAAUAUGAAAUUUUAUAAAUAAACAUAACUCAAAAUAAAGCUUCCUUCUUAAAUUUCACAAUUUCAACAAAUUUAGUAGGAGGUUUUAUUUUAUAAAUUCAUUCUGGUUGGUGGCACUAUAUUAUAAAUCCCGCAUUUUUUUUGUAUUCUUUAAAAUCAAUCAAAUUUUCAAAAACUGAAAAUUUGGACGUUUUAUCACCUCUCACUGCAACCAAGUCGUCUUUAGUCCAUUAGUCAGCUAUAAUGUUAUAUCUAAUGUUGCCUGGAAUGUAGAAUUUGAUAUUUAAUACAUAUUUUUUGGUAGAGACUACACCUUAAGUUUAUCUAUCAAAAACCUCAAGAUUUAGUUUAAAGGUUGAUUUGGUAAAUGUAAUUAAAAAGUUUGAAAUUGAUUAACAAGAGGGAAAGAUAAGUUAAGUAAUAAAAAAGGAAGGGAGCGUAUUUUUACUAUUAAUGUUUUGA